CCGGCUGUAGCGCCGCACGGGCCGCGCCUUCCAAUCGGGCCUCAGCCUUACCAACAUAAAACUGGAGCCUUUUAGUACUCGAGCAGCAACGUCACCACGCCACGCUCGCUUUGCGAAAAUCACCACCGAAAUGUCCUCGCGAGCGUUGCGGCGAGCCCAGCGCGAGCUGGAAGAGAAGAAACAGUUGGAGCAGCUGGAGCAAGAAAAUGCCAGCGAAGAAGAGUCGGAAGACGAAGAUGAGCCCGCACUUGCUCCAAAGGCCGCAGCGAAGCCCAGCUUAUUUGCUAUGUUGGGCGAUGCUGGAGACGAAGAUGAGGAGGAGGAGGAUGUAGAAGAGCAGGAGAAACCAUCAGACCCCAUAGUCGAGGAAGAGGUUCAAGUUACACCCACAGUCAAACCAUCAAAAAAGGCAAAGAAGAAGAAAAAGAAGGGCAAAGGCAAAAGCAGCACCCCAGCUUCCAAGAAGACCCCCGCCACCAUGGAAACCGUUCCGGGGCUGGAUGAGAUUGAUCAGGCUCUGCUUGCGCUGAACCUCAGCUCGGGCGCGAAAUCGAGUAGCGAUGACCAGCCCACAUCAGCGGCCAGUGAAGAGAUGCAACAGCUGUUCUCUGCUUUGUCCAUUGACACCACACAUCUUCAUGCCGCGAACGAGAUGCGCAAACUCUUUGGCCGCGCUGCCGUCCAAGGAAACGAUGACGACGAACCGCGAGCACGGAACCAACGGCAGCGGGGUGGGAUCGCGGCGGCAGCCGCUGGUCGCAAUCAACCCGGAGGCCGCAAUUUGGUUUCUCUAGGCUUGCGGCGCAACAUUUUCAUCCAAGGGAAAGAGGAGUGGCCGCGGGCAACACUAGGCGGCCUUGGUAUGGAGGUUGUGGAAAAACGCGACGACGGUACUGUGGAAUACCGCUUUGUGCACAAUCACUCCUACCAAGCCGUCCAGCAGCAGUUCGAGACUUGCGUCGCCUCCAUGGACCCUGAGCGCAUGGUUCAGCUCAUGCACUUCAACCCCUAUCACAUCUCCACCUUACUCCAGGUCUCUGAGAUUGCUAAGCAGCAGCGGGAUAAUGCAACAUCGGGUGAGCUGCUAGAACGUGCACUGUUUGCUUUCGGCCGAGCGGUGCAUUCCACAUUCGCCCACAACCUCUCCCAAGGAAAGGCUCGCCUCGACUUCCGCCGCCCAGAGAACCGCGAAUUCUGGCUCGCCGUAUGGCGCUACAUCGCCACCUUGGGCGUUCGGGCCACCUGGCGGACAGCUUUUGAAUGGGCGAAGCUCCUCAUCAGUCUAUCUCCCGAAGACGAUCCGUACUGCAUGCGUCUCACCAUCGACCAACUAGCGCUUCGCGGCCGGGAACCUCAAGCCCUUGUCGACUUGGUAGAAGCCGAUCAUCUCGAGCGUGCCUGGAAGAUCCCACCAAAUCUGGCCUUCUCUGUCGCCCUCGCCCACGACCGUCUCAAGAACCCCACAAAGGCACGCACAGCGCUCCGCUCAGCCAUCAAAGAAUAUCCCUGGAUAGCGUCUCGUAUCUGCAAGGAGCUCGACAUCUCGCCUAUACCCAAGUCCGUAUGGGGCAAGGAGCCAAAUGGCAACCACCAAGAGCUCCUCACCCAGCUCUAUGUCCCGCAAGCAAAGGACUUGUGGAACACCACGGAGGGCACGACCUUACUCGUCGAAGUAUGCUACUCCAUCGACGAGCCCCUCGGCGCCGGCGAGGACCCCUACUGGCUCGCCCCCAUCAACGAAACCGACCUCGCGCGCCACGUCAUCCUCUCCGACUCCCCGCCCCUCCUUGCCCUCCUCGACCCCGCCGUUAAGAACAAAUACACAUCCACCUCAGACCCACUUCCCCCGGCGGACGACAUACGUUCAUACUCCGCCUCCGCUAGUACUACCGUGCCCAUGGCCGCUCUUGGACGCACAGAUGCGCUCUCCGAACUCGAGUCCCUGAGGCAGUAUUUCCAGAACGUCAUAAAUGGGAAUGGGGACAUGACGGAGCAGGACCUGCUGGAUUCGUUGCAGCGUGCGGGCACGACUUAUGCAGAGUUUCGGCGGAACACGGAGAGGGUGCAGGCGAUACGGCAGCGGUUGCAGGACUUGGGCGUGCAGGUGAUUUUCGAGGGGCAGGGGCAGGGUGACGAGGGGGGCUCUGAUACUGAUGAGUGAGGCUGCGACAGAAGCGGAGGGGGUUGGACGAGCGAAUCUCGUUGGAUCAUGUUGAGUUAGCGUAGAGGUUCAUGCACAGACGCCAUUCUACAACUCGGUCCACUGCCUCAUGACUGCUUCCAGCCGCACAGGGGCUAGCUGCAA